CAGCGCUUCACCCUCCGUGCCCUCACCUCUGAGGCCAACCUCCGCCCCCUCUGUCAUUUUAUUUUUUACGUUUUCCAGCGUCACAUCCCCCUGGCCUAGCCGGAGGAAUGUAGAGUCAAAGGAGCUUUAAAAAUAGCAUCCUCCGCUCUAACAGCGCUGCUCCGGAGGCUCCGCAGCACUCUGCUGGGAGAGGCAGGAAUGCGAAGAUGGCUGCAGACCUGGGAGAGUUGCUGGUCCCCUUCAUGCCCACCAUCAGAGUCCCCAAAACAGGAGACAGGGUCUACAAGAGCGAGUGCGCCUUCUCCUUCGACUCCCCAGAGUCCGACGGAGGCCUGUAUGUGUGUAUGAACACAUUCCUGGGCUUCGGACGGGAACAUGUGGAGAGACAUUAUCGCAAAACAGGACAGAGUGUUUACAUGCACCUCAAACGACACGUUAAAGAGAAAGCCACAGGAGCAGCAGGAGGUGCCAUCCCCAGACGAAGAAAUGGAAAAGUGUUUCUAGAUUUAGAGCUAAACCGGGAUUUUAAUGGCGAGGACUAUGAGUAUGAGGAUGAGGCGAAGCUCGUCAUUUUCCCAGACCACUUCGAGAUCCCUUUACCAAAUAUUGAGGAGCUGCCAGCUCUGGUGACUAUUGCCUGUGAUGCAGUACUAAAUGCACCUUCAGCUUACAAGAAACAGGAGCCUGAGUCUUGGGAAGAGGAGAUCCAGGUUUCUAGACAUGCCAGAAGCCUCAGACAGCUGGAUAACGGGGUCCGGAUUCCACCUAGUGGCUGGAAGUGUCAGAAAUGCGAGAUGAGAGAAAACCUGUGGCUGAACCUCACUGACGGAUCGGUUCUUUGUGGGAAAUGGUUCUUCGAUGGGAGCGGGGGAAACGGACAUGCUCUAGAGCACUACAGGGAGACCAACCACCCCCUGGCUGUUAAACUGGACACCAUCACUCCAGAUGGAGCAGAUGUUUAUUCGUUUGAGGAGGAAGAGGCUGUAUUGGACCCCCACAUAUCAGAGCACUUGUCACAUUUUGGAAUAGACAUGCUCCAGAUGCAGCGGAGAACAGAGAAUGGACACCACACAGACAAUAACCCGCGACCGCGAGUCAGUGAGUGGGAAGUGAUCCAGGAGUCUGGUAUGAAGCUGAAGGCAGUGUAUGGUUCUGGUUACACUGGCAUCAAAAACCUGGGAAACAGCUGCUACCUCAGCACAGUACUACAGGUUCUUUACAGCAUCCCAGAUUUCCAGAGGAUGUAUGUAGGUAACCUUCAGAGGAUAUUCGACUAUUCACCCCUUGAUCCCACUCAGGAUUUUGCCACACAGAUGGCUAAACUUGGACACGGGCUGCUCUCAGGCCAGUACUCCAAGCCACCCAUGAAAUCUGAGCUCAUUGAACAGGUGAUGAAAGAAGAACACAAGCACCUACAGAGAGGGAUCUCUCCGCGAAUGUUCAAGGCACUGGUAAGCAGGGGCCACCCAGAGUUUUCCUCCAACAGACAACAAGAUGUCCAUGAGUUCUUCCUGCACCUCAUCAACUUGGUGGAAAGGAACAGUGCUGGCUCAGAGAAUCCAAGCGACUCCUUCCGUUUUUUGGUGGAGGAGCGAGUCCAGUGCUGUCAGAGCCGGCGUGUCCGUUACACUCAGCGGGUGGACUACUGCAUCCAGCUGCCAACACCCAUAGAGGCAGCUACUAACAGAGAGGAGCUGCUUGCAUACGAGGCCAAGCGGAAAGAAGCUGAGGAGAACAGGCGGGCCCCUCCUGAACCGGUGCGAGCACGAAUUCCUUUCACAGCCUGCCUUCAGGCCUUCACAGAGCCGGAAAAUGUUCCUGACUUCUGGAGCUCUGCGUUGCAGGCCAAGUCAGCUGGAGUCAAAACUUCCCGUUUUGCCUCAUUCCCAGAGUAUCUGGUUGUGCAGAUCACAAAAUUCACAUUCGGUAUUGACUGGGUUCCAAAGAAGCUUGACUUAGCCAUCGAUGUUCCAGACUUUUUGGAUCUGAACCGCCUUCGAGCCACAGGCCUGCAGGCUGGUGAGGAGGAGCUCCCGGAUCUUAUGCCUCCCAUUGUAUUACCGGAAGACACCAGAGAUAACUCGAUGAGCUCAACUGACUCUCCAGAGAUAGAUGAGAGAGCAGUUAUGCAGCUGGCAGAGAUGGGUUUUCCGUUAGAGGCCUGCAGGAAGGCGGUGUACUACACAGGAAACAUGGGCCCAGAGAUGGCCUUCAACUGGAUCAUAGCUCAUAUGGAGGAGCCUGACUUUGCUGAACCUCUCACUCUGCCCUCAAUGAUGGAUCCUCUUCCCUCCACUAGUGACAGCCCUGUAGGGGCCACUCCACUGGACAACUCGCCCCCUGAAGAGAGCGUCGCCAUCCUCACAUCAAUGGGCUUUCCUCGUAAUCACAGCAUCCGUUCACUCAAAGCCACGAAUAACAAUCUUGAACGAGCGCUUGACUGGAUCUUCACCCACCCAGAGGAUGAAGAGAGCGAUGCCCUGUCAGAUAUGGCAGACACAGAGCCCAAUGACAACGCAUUUUCCAACACCAACUCGCAUAGCGACUCCACAUUGUCUCCAGACAGAGAAACAUCAGGCCCAAGAGUCAAAGAUGGACCAGGACGUUAUGAGCUCUUUGCCUUUAUCAGCCACAUGGGAGCCUCCACCAUGUCUGGACAUUAUGUUUGUCACAUCAAAAAAGAGGGAAGGUGGGUAAUCUACAACGACCACAAGGUUUGUUUGUCAGAACGACCUCCAAAAGACUUGGGCUACGUCUACUUUUACCGCCGUCUUUCGAGCAGUUAAAGCAACUGCCUCCCUGCAACCUUUAAAUACCUUCAGUCUUUUACCUCCAAAGACUGGCAGACACCUGCAACGACAGCGGAAACGAUGGAAGAAACCUCACAGAUCAGCGUCUUGCCUUAUCAUCAUCAUCAUCUCACACAGGAAUGACCAGGAGUACAGGUCCCAAAAGGACAGCGGUGGGCUUUUUUUGUGCAUUUAUGUUUAUGCUUUAAAUGUAGAUUUUAUUAUGUUAAAAGAAGGGAAAAUGUGUAGGUACACAGGGAUGCGUGCAAUUUUUAAUUCUGGAGUUCUCUGGAAACAAAAUGAAGCAACAUAUCAGAUCAGGCUUUUCCUCCUCUCUGCUGCUAUGUCGUACUUUCAGAGCGCUACAUUUUAUAAAUGUGUGCUGAGAGGGCAGUGCUUCACUACCAGCCCAUAAAUGCUCAGAACCUGUAUCAAAAGAUUAGUUAUCAUUGUACCGCUUGUGGCUUUGCAUUUUGUUUUAAAAUAAAAUUGGUGUUUUGUCUUUGGGGUCACUUUGGAUGUUAAGAAGAAAUCCCCCCAAAAACACAGUUUAAGUUCCUAAAUGUAAAAAAAAAAAAAAAAAAAAAAAUACCAGAAAGGUUUGUGUUA